AAUGGUGGACAGGUACAGCAUUGCUAGCAACGUUGGCCUCAACCACCUGCGAAUGCUUUGCAACUUCUACGACCUCCGGUUAGAAUUGCCUGUCUCCGUGCACUAUCAGCAAAUGCUUGCAUUGUACGAAAACUACACUAUCGACGAUCGCGAGCUCGAUCCUGAGGAGGAAGCGGACGUCGUUCGAAUUCUGCAGGAGCAGUUUCCUGUUUGCUGCACGCAGAAUCCGACGUGGUUCCUUGACAGGAUGGAUGGCAGGAACGGUGCUUGAUCACUGACAUCCGAACGACCAUACCAUACCGAUAUACGGCCAAGAUUCAGCCCCCUUCAAUUUCCUAUUACGCCCGUUCUGUAGUGUUAUGCUUUGUUUCUUGUUUUCGUGAGACGUCGACUCGCCAUUGCGCCAAGAUACCUGUGUAUUAUAGCCUACCUCC